AUGUCAACAUCUCAACAAUCAUUCAAAACGAAACACGAGCUUCAAACAAAAAAAGCCUUACCAUCAAAACAUCAUCAAGCAAUGUCGUCUGAAGAACAGAAAAAAAGUAUGAAGCUAGCUUUCAAAACCGUUGGUUUCGAUACAUCAGAUGAAGAUGAUGUAGUACCAAAUUCAUCAAUAUCCAAUCCUCAAAAAUCACUUCAAGCAAUUACAGAUGCGAUACAAACUGUUUUUAGUACACCAUCAAAUAAAACACCAAAACAAUGUUCACAAACGAGCAGUACUGAAUAG